AAAAACAUAUUUACUCGAACUUUCCUUUUGCGUUUCUCACAAUUCUGCUCCAACCAAACACUCCCUUAAACCAAAAUCACGACAGGAAUAUAUUCAACCCAAACUUCGGAAGUUUCCACUUUCACGAUUUUUGAAUUUCGUGUUAUUUUAGUAUUAUUCUUUCUUUUGUUUUUUCUUUUCGAGAAAUGGGAGCGGUGACGUCGUCGAUGGCGGCGAGGUUUGCGUUUUUUCCGCCGGAUCCGCCGUCGUACACGGUGGUAGAGGAGGAGGAAGAGGAGGGGAAGGUGAGGAUGGUGGAGGUGGCGACGAGAGAUAACGUCGACGUAUUGAAGGUGCAAACGGAGAGAGGGAACAGCGUGGUGGCGAUGUAUAUAAAGAACCCAACGGCGUCGUUGACUUUGCUUUACUCGCACGGAAACGCCGCUGAUCUGGGUCAGAUGUACGAGUUGUUCAGGCAACUCAGUAUCCACCUCCGAGUUAAUCUCAUGGGUUAUGACUAUUCUGGAUAUGGGCAGUCCUCUGGGAAGCCUAGUGAGCAGAACACUUAUGCAGAUAUAGAAGCUGUUUAUAAAUGCCUGCGGGAGAAGUAUGGAGCAAAAGAGGAAGAUAUUGUUCUAUAUGGGCAGUCUGUUGGUAGUGGACCCACUAUAGAUUUGGCAACGCGUUUACCAAACCUUAGGGCUGUGAUUCUCCACAGUCCCAUCUUAUCUGGACUUAGGGUCAUGUAUCCUGUGAAGCGCACAUACUGGUUUGAUAUUUAUAAGAACAUUGAUAAAAUUCCCCUAGUGAAUUGUCCGGUUUUUGUGAUUCAUGGAACUGCUGAUGAUGUAGUGAAUUGCUCCCAUGGGAAACAACUUUGGGAACAUUGUAAACAAAAGUACGAGCCCUUAUGGAUUAAAGGAGGAAAUCACUGCGAUCUGGAGCUUCACCCUCAAUACAUAAAGCACCUCAAGAAAUUUAUUAUGGCCAUGGAGAAGUCAUCACAUCCAAAACCCGGAUCUGGUUCUAUUCCUGAUCAACUGGACAAACCGAGGAACAGCCUAGACUUUAGAGAGAAAUCAAGACCCAGCAUGGAUCUAAGGGAGAAUUUGAGAAGUAUCGAUUACAAAGAAAAGCCAAGUGCAAGCACAGAACAUAAAGAGAAGUCAAGAUUUAGCAUAGACAAGAGAGAUAAAUCAAGGAAGAGUAUAGAUCGCCCUGAGAAGGCAUAUAAUGGAACAGAUAUACCUGAAAAAGCUAGAAAUAGCAUUGACCGUUUUGGGGAGAUGGUGAGAUCAGUUGGAUUGUGCAAUAUUGAUUGUUUCAGGCCCACAGCAACCCAUGCAUAAAGAUGACAAAGCUGAUAAGCGGAGCUUGUAUUUUUUUUCAUUAAUUAUUUCAUUGGUUGCCCUUGCUGAGGCCUGUGCCAUGCCCUGGCCUCGGAAUGAGGUAGCCUACUUUCUUGCCUUCAACUCUUUUUAACCAAAAAUUAUAUAUAUAUAUAUGAUAGGUAAAUGUUUCAUUGUGCCUUGUUUGUGUGUUUUAAAAGAAAUAGAUAGGAAAGUGAUUUAACCGUGUAGAUCAUCAUGUAUUCAUGUACCACUAAAUUCAAUACAAGUUAAUAAUCUAACCUCUUUAUUUUU